AUGAUAGGAGGUAAAUCCGAUGCCAAAGCUGAUAACAUGCACGGCGUGAAGAAGAAAGUUGUCGAGACUAAAAAAGCGAAAAAGGCUGCCAAGGAUCCUGACAAGGCUAAGAGCCCAGCAAGUGCUUUCUUCAUUUUCAUGGAGGACUUUAGGAAGCAGUUCAAGGAGGAGAAUCCAAAAAAUAAAUCUAAGGUCCCAAUCCAUAUAGCUGGUGGAGAGAAGUGGAAACAGUUGUCAGAUGCUGAAAAAGCUCCUUACAUGGCAGAGACAAGGAAAUGGCUGGCUGAUUACCAUAAGAAGAAGGAUGCUUAUAAGAAGCGAGUAGCUGCUGAAGAUUCUGAUGAAGAGAAAUCUUACAAGUCACUGUUCGAGGUUGAUUAG